AUGAUUCGGUCAAACCCUAACCCCGAGAAUCCUGAACAGUCAGGCUACAAUUGCGCGUCUUGUCAAGGUCCGGAUAAUGACGAAACGAAUAUGGUGUUUUGCGACCAUUGUCAGCGGUGGUACCAUUUCGGUUGUGCUGGUGUUACGGACGAUGUGCGUAACGUCUCAUGGAACUGCCAGGAUUGCGAAGAAGGUGAAGCGGAUGGUGCUGGUUCGUCUGAGCUGCUAGAGAAGUUAAAACAGCUCGAAGCGGAAAAGAAGAGUCAGAAGGUUAAAAUGGAACGGGAGAAGAUUCUGCACCGGAAGCGGCUGGAGAUGCAGCAGGAGUUAUUUGAAAUGCGCCAGCAACUGGAACGGGAAAAGCGAGCGAUGGAAUUCGAGUACGAGAAGGCGCAAAUGGAGAAGAAACUUGUGGAAGACGAGGACCACCAGAAGAAACUCGACGAGAUGUGGACGGAAAUGGAGGAUAAGCUGUUGCAGUUGAAGCUGAAGCGGAACAAGGAUACCGGUAGCAGUAGAAUGCCGGAAGUCGAUGCUCAAUGUGUGGGUAAGGACGACUCAAAGGAGAAGAAGCAAAAGAAGACGAAGUCGGAAAGCAUACAACCUGGUAAAACAGAGCCUGAGAAGAAAAAGUCGGGAAAAGGCCUGGAAGUGCAGAUCUGGCAGUGGCGACUCUUGCUGAUAUUCGUGGAGCGUACCGUAGGCAUAUAA